UAAAGCACAGUUGUUCAGUCACGUUCAGUCAUAUGGAAGGAGUUACUGUGUUUACAUUGUCAAAAGUCUGGUGUUCUAUUGCAUAUUUCAAUAUAGCAUACUACAGUGCUGUACUUCAGUUGCAGUAUGUGCGGGAUACUCUGCCGGUACCUCACUCUUUCCUACCUGCACUACAACAAUGUCUGCUGAAUCACCUCGAAAAUCAAGUCGUCAAGGUGGUCAUAUUGUUGCCCCACAGUCAGUUAGUGAUCGAUCCAUUAUUGACAGUGUUGCAGGAUUUAUCAAUGAAGUUGUUCCACAGGCCUACACCAGCGCUCCUGUUGGGGAGGGCAAAGAAGCUAUUACAUGGGCCAGGUUUGAGUAUGGAGACAUAAAUGACCCAGCAUUGUAUCCUGAUUCAGCUGAUGAUCGAAAUAGUUCCCCUCCAUUACUCUUGGUUCUGGGAUAUGGUAGUGGUGUGCAGGUUUGGGCGAUACCUGCUAGUGGGGAGGCAACAGAAGUUCUAUCAUGGCGACAAGGCGUUGUGCGAACACUACGUAUACUUCCCACACCAGGCUCUGAUGCUUGUACUCCUGAUACAUUCUCUCAUAAAAGACCUCUGGUGGCUAUGUGUGACUCUGCUGGUGGGCCUUCACCACAGUUUUGUUCUCUCAGCUUCAUUUCUCUCCGAGGUGGUGAUCAGGUGAAAAGUAUUAAAUUCAAGAAUCCAGUAAGUGAUGUCCUGGCCAAUCGGAGAUCUGUUGUUGUGACAUUUCCUGAGAGAAUUGCCGUCUUUGACGCAUCGACGCUUGAAGAUCGCCUGACUGUCACUACAUGCUAUCCCUGUCCAGGCCCAAACCCGAACCCUGUUGCGUUAGGAAGUCGCUGGUUGGCUUAUUCUGAGAGGAGGCUAAUGCCUGCUCGUCGAUCAUCAGGUGGAACAGAGGGUGAUGGUGUGCAGUCCUACACAGCAACUGUACUGCAUGCUGCUAAGUCAUUUGGUAAAGGAUUACGUGAGUUGGGUGAGACUGUGGCCAGCAGCUUGACUGGAGGAGGAGCAGGCAUGGGCUUGCAGAGGGGAAUGGUGGGAGGCAUUGGGGGACCAGUAGCAGGUCAACAAGGUGGAAACAUGCUGAGUGGAAAUGCAGACAUCAUUCAGCCAGGCGUUGUCACAAUCUUAGAUGCUCAGGGAGCUUUGACUUCUCGUCGUGAAGAAGAAUCAAGAUCAGGUGACUCAUUAAUUGGAGGGAGCACCAGCUCAGAUAAUAUCAUUGCCCAUUUCAUGGCCCAUAGUGAACCCAUUGUGGCAUUAGCAUUUGAUCCUUCAGGCAUGCUUCUUCUGACAGCUGACAAGCGUGGCCAUGAUUUUCAUGUGUUCCGCAUCCAUCCUCAUCCAGGUGGACCAUUCCUAGCAGCCAUUCACCACUUGUACAUAUUGCAUCGGGGUGAUACAACAGCCAAGGUACAGGACAUUGCAUUUGCAGCAGACAGUCGUUGGGUGGCAGUUAGCACACUUAGGGGAACAACUCAUGUGUUUCCCAUUACUCCAUAUGGAGGUCCUGUUGGUAUUCGGACACAUGCCACACCGCAUGUUGUUAAUCGUCUGUCCAGAUUUCAUCGUAGUGCAGGCCUCACGGCUGAUGGCCGCAACAGCCCCAUACCCACUCCUGUUUCUGAGGCUGUGUCAACCCCUCCACCAAUUCCAUACCCUAACCCUCGCCUACCUCCCUAUUCUCACCCUACUGUGAUCUCACCACUUGCCCAGAUACGACAGCCCACAACUCAUACCCUCCUAUCUACCCCCACAUCCAUAAACCCCACUUCACAUCAGCCAUACCAUCGUAACCCAUCAAUGAGGUCACUUGGUCGUACCCAGUCUUCUUCAGAUGAUGGUCUGCCAGGAGGGGGAAUACCUCUGAGAGUUACAGCAUGCUUCGCCCCACCACGUGCCUGGCUUAUUGAAUCUCCUACAUUGCCCAGAGAGACAUCUGCAAAGGCUCAUAAACGAGCAGUGGACUCACUCUUUGUGAUGGCUUGCCAUGGAAAUCUCAUAGAAUAUGAUCUGCAACCCAGACAUGCGGCGGGAAUACCCAAGGAGAAGGUCUGUGACGACACUGCCAUUGAGCUGGAUGUUCGGCCAAAAGCUCAGUGGAUGCUGCUGCGUCCCCCACACUCAAGUGAGCUGCAGCCUCCACUGUCCCCAACAAACCCACUGAUGGUAGUGCCAGAUCGUUUACCAACCCCUUCUAGCUGUGAAUCAAGAGAGGAUGACUCAGAUUCAGAUGAGAGGUGGCUGUCGCAGGUUGAAAUUGUGACCCAUGCAGGGCCCCACCGAAGGCUUUGGAUGGGACCUCAGUUCACAUUCAAAACAUAUAAUUCAGCUGUGAGCGGGGUUCCAUUGUCAUUGCUUGAGCUGGAAGCCGUUGAGGUUGGAGUGGGCUCUGGAUCACGCCCAGCACGAUCCAAUCCUGUGAACAUGCCCAUCAGCAGUGGUUCCCGCCCUGUUGUGCCUGUCCUCAUAGAAUCUGGAUCAGGAAGUAGUUAUGAACAGUCACCUAGACUCCUUGAAGCAUAUGGAACAGAUGGUGCUGAGUCAGAUGGUUCAGCUGGGCCUGGCGAAACCCAGCUGCGUGAGGAUUUGGCUGAUGCCAUGAUGGAGAGCCCAGGGAUACCAACACAUGAUACAGGAAGAAGAGUGAUUGUUGAAAUGCAACAUGGUGCUCAGCUAGGGAAGAGGAGUUCGAAUCCCAUCCAAAAAGUCGUGAACCCAGUGGGAACUGUUAUUACUGUGUCUGUCCCUUCUGAGGAAGCGGCUGCUUCACUGGCUUCAGAUUUGACUAUGACUACACCAAGUAAAUGUGAGUCAUCUGCAGAGGAGGAGAGUGGGGUGAAACCACUUCAUGGGUGCAGCAGGCAAGAUCCUCCCUCUUUGGAUGACACUGUUAGGUGGCCAGCAGUGUCAAAGCCCACGUGCUUUUCACAGUGCAAGGGGUAUGAGCCAUCAGCGAGUGAGAGCAAAGAAGCAGAAUUUAGAACAGAGAAGAAAGGUAAAGAAAAUACGCGAAGUGCUUCAUCUAAAAGAUAUAGUAACAAACUUCAGGAUGAAAGAAAGGAUGAUAGCAAGUGGCCUAAAGAGGAAGGCAAAAAAGAGCAUAAUGUUACCGUAGGAGAGACAGAACACAAAGAAAUGACGGUGCCUUCGAGAACUCUUACUUUGGAGAAUGGGCUUUUUGCUUUGUCUGCAAGUGUAUGGGAGAAGAGAAGAGCACAGGGAAUUGACUCACAGUUCAAACCCCAAAAUAGCUUGCCUGCAAAAACAAGUGAUACUCAAGUAGAAGAUGUAGGUGGUAAAAGUAACAAAGAGGCUCAGGUAAAAGUGGUAAAAUCAAAACUACAAGCACCAUCAAAAAUUAAGGAUGGGAAUAAUGCAAGUUGUAAGCCUAAAUCAUUUCUAGCUAAAGGCAUAUUUACAGAUGACCCAAGUGGUCAAGGAAGCUUAAAAAGGGGGAAAAUGUGUAGAUCUGAUGAAGAUACAUUCUGUGAAAGAACCUUCAAUUUGGAUGAAGUAAGACACUCAGAAACAAAAUGUUCCAAACAGAACACAAAGAAGAAAGAGUCAAGCAUUACUAGUGGCUCUGCUGAGAGUAUGAAGCUAUCUACUGGGGACAAACAUCACAAAUAUCAUGAAGGGGAGAGGAAAGAUGAAAGCAUCUCUGUUUCACAGGCAAUGCUGAUGGAUCUUGUUUCCACUUCAGAUGCCCUGGGCACAGAGAAUGAUAAAGGAAGAACACCAAAAUUGGUUGAAUUUGAUGAUCUUUGCCCCAGUGGAGCCCAUGGUGUAAUUAAGAAAACAAAUGAGAAAAGGAAAGAUUCACGGUCUUUGUUGAUAGAAGAUAAUGAAUUGAUUGCCAUUCCAGAUUCUGGAGAUAACAGAAAUUCAGAUAAAUUGGGCAACUUGUUGGUUUCAGUUCCAAAAAUUGAGCCCCUGAAGUUAUGUUCUUUAUUGUUACAUGAAAGAUUGAAUGAACAUCACUUUGGAACUGGAAAGAAUACUUCACAUGAUGCUGUAAGAAAUUCAAAUUUUGAAUCACUUUCUAAAAAAUCUGAGGAAGGAACUCAGAGUUCACAAUUUGUUCAGCCCAUUACAGAAGGAAGAACUAGCAGUCAAACAAGAGAGGUGUCUGAGAAGAAAUUCUGUGGGGGGAGCACUGAGCUCGAAACAGACAAUGAUCAAAGCAGGCAGAAGCACCCCAUGUUCAGAUCGACACUUGAUGAUGUCUUUGCUUCUCCUGUGCUGUCAUGGAGCAGCAUAGUGUCAUCCUCGAACAUAAACAAGUACCCAGUGAAAGAAGUUGUGGUCCCACCGAGUUCAGAAACUGUUUUGUUGAAUCUUGAAGAGUCGAGAAUUUCUCCCCAGCGGUCUUGGAGUGAUGUCGCCAAAGUUUUCCCAGAUCACUCACAGACUGAGGAAAUUUCAGAUAGAGAUAUUUGCAGUGGUUUUGCAACUCUUAAAGGGCCAGAGGAUGUAGAUGAUUAUAGUGAUGAAGGCGAGGAUAAAAUGGCUGUGGAUUCAAGAAAGUCUCAAAGUAGUGAUCAAAAUUGCAAGGUGGCCAUAACCAGUGAAUCUCUGAGAACAGCUGCCAUAUCAGAAACUAAUGAUGCAACUGCAGGUAUUGAGGAGGACUGUUCUCAGUUGAAUGAAGAAAAUAAUGGCAAUGACGAUGAACUGGCAGACAAUGGAGAGGCCACAAAUAUCACUGCAUUACAAGGAGCAAACAAGAAAAGUCGCAGGUUGAAAAAGAAAAGGAGAUAAAAUUGGUGCACAUAUUUUAAAUCUUUAAAGUUGACCAUUUUUUGAGUACUGUUUUAAAGAUAUGUUCAAGGAUGUGUAAGAGACUCAAAUUCUGAGACAAAACAGCUUUUGAAAAUUAUUUAUGUAUAAAAAUUAAUUUUAGAAACUCCAGUAUGUUCAUUAUACAGUAAUGUUGAUACUUUUGCUGACAAGGUUUGCAAGGUAUAAAUCCAUUUUUGAGUAAGCAUAUUUUCCAAAUACCUUCUUUGCAAUUCCGUAUUUUCAUUUGAUAUAAGUUUAUUGCAGACACUAUACAAAUUUUGACAGAGUUAAUCAAUAGUAAAAAGAUUACAGUACAUGGAGACAUAAUUUCUGUGGCAUAGAGUUGUAAAUGAUUUCGUAAAAUAUGCAUCAUAUAGGGUCUGCCAAAAAGAAUGCUGGAAUUUCAAACAGCUGCAACUCAAGAACAAGAACAGAUAUAAUGAUGUUGAUACUUGCAGUCUAAUUGUAAACUCAGUGUCAUUGCACAAGUUGCAUGUGCAUCUCCACUAUAGUUAACAGACAGCAGCUUUGAUUACGUAUUCUGUGCAGUGAGUAUAAUGUAUCCUGUAAGAAGAUAAAGUUGUCCCUACACUUAAUUAAGCACUAUAUGGAGGAGUGGUCAGC